AGCAAGCAGCCUGCUGCAAAGGCUGUGUGUGUGUGCGUGUUUAUGAUUUGUUGUGUACAUUUUCUACAUCUUUUGCUGGGAACGGGUUCGGUAUGGCCAUGGUUUACCAUUUUCCCGCCCUAUUAAAACGGUGACGAAAGAAGUCGAAUGCGAACGGCAGCCAACAAAACUUAACCAAAAACUCAAUCAAUUGUCGUUCGAUGCUACCGUGGCGCAGUAAUGCCGCUGCUAGAUGCUAGUUUUUCUCGCUCUCUCUCUCUCUCUCUGUAUGUCUCCGGAAGAGUUUAGUUUUGCGUGCAUUUUUUCGGUUUGUUUUGUGUGAGCUAACUGUCCUUUUUAAUUCAUUUUCCGGGACUUCUUUUCCGGUCCCAAUAAUUGAUGAAGUCUAGAGCUGUUUUUUGCGUUCAUUAUGAUCCAUUUGGGAAACAGAUUCGAUCGAUCGAUCGUUUGCGUACUUUUGGUAUCUUUUUGGUUUAUCUUUUUCAUCGAUUGUUUUGCCCCCCCCCCCCCCUUGCACCCAUGUCCCUCUAGCUCCUAUCGAUCUUCCUUUUCUUUCCUAGUACAACCCUAUAAUCUAAACAAAUGAUCAACACUCUCCCCUCCCGCACACACGACUAAACACUUGUAUUCCAAUUAUGCUGGAAACCUCCCAAACCAAGGCCCCGACUCAUCGGAUGAUGAAUCCGGUCCGGCCACACCAACACUGGAGCCGGACAAAGCUCUGUCCCUGUCGGGUGAAGUAAUAGCUAGUGAGCAACCAAGCGAUCAUGAAAAUGACGGUGACGAUCGCGAUGAGGCGGUUGCUGAUGAUCGGCAACGAAACCGUUCCUACAGCCACAGCCACAGCGAGGGUGGCAAAACGACGACGACCAGUUCCUCGCGCCAUGGCAGCGUUACGAACUCUUCCUCAUCGGCCUGCUCGUCAAUGGAGCGACGGACGGCACCGGGCUCCGGCGGCGGCCAGCUCGUCUGUACCUGUCCGCUACCGUCCACACCGACCACACCGACCACACCGACCACACCGCCAACGGUUGUCUGCCAGGUGUACGAUUACGGUGCGGAUCGCGUGAUCGACUGUGCGCAGCCGGCCUGCGACAGUGGCGGUAGCAGCAGCUGGCGGGACAAACUUGGCCACCGAGUAGGGCACCGGAAGCCACCGCGCUCACCGAAAAUCCCGAAGAAAGCGAGCGGCAAAAGCCGUAAGGGUAGUAGCGAUAGCUGCAGCGGCAGUCACGCCCAUCUGCGGGUGACGGAUGCCGGGGGCCGACCGCCGGACGAGUGGGGCCACAGCGCACCGGAAACGGAACGGGAAGAGGAGCAGGAAGAGGAGGAGCACGGGUUCGAGUGGCGCUGGUUUCAUCGGCGCCGCAAGCACUCCGAGUCCAAGUCCAGGAGUCGCUCGUCUAGCCAUCUGUUCGGUGGGCACAGCCCCGGCCGCCCGGUUGGGAUUGCGGGUUUGCGCCUCUCGCCGGUCAGCAGUUGCUGCGGUGGUAGUAGAAGGGUGACGACCGGCACCGGCAGCCAUGGGUCCGCCACCAGUCCGCCCGACCAGCAGGACGCUGACUCGGCCGUGUACGGUGGGGCGCUGGACCACCUCCCACCAUCGUCACCGGCAUCGGGUGACGCACCGUCCGGGACAAGCUGGCGCCCGUUGGCACGGAAUGGGUUGCGCGUGGGGAGGAAGCAACCGGCCGCUAGAAAGCGCCCACCACCGCUACCAACGACGGUGUCGGCGGUCAUCAAUCCAGGUCAGGCUCACCUGGUCCUCCUUUUCUUUUAUUUUUGAUAAUGUUGCAAUCAUUUGGUAUUGUUUUGAAUUUUCCUUUUUUUGGUUUCUCUUUUCUGUGUUUUAUUUUCGAAGCUCUACUACACACAAACAAUUCACUCUAUGCUCUCUUUCUACUUCUAUCUUUCUACUACUAGCUGCUCUUCCGUUACACGCAUUCAUACACACACACACACGCGCGCAUUGACUUUCUGUUGCAGACCUGCAUAAUUGAGGAAGUUUAUUUCUGUGUCCUCCCCCGAGAGGGUAUUUUCAAAUAGUCGUUAGUGUGUUUAGUUUGUUUGUUGGCCUUUGCUGCCCACAUUGCUGGCACGCCUCUAUCGGAGCUGAACUGUGUAAUUUCCACACUCACCUGCACUCUUCUUCAGCACUUGCUCUUCGUGCCUGCGUGCUCGUCUGCCCCCUUCGCCAUUUCGAAUGCUGCUAUAUUACUGUCUCUUCUUGGCGAUGUGUGUCCUCCUUGUGUUUUAUUCCUUCUCUAUGUCCGUUUCUUGAAAUGUAGCAAUGUUUUACACGUUUGUUGCCUUCUACCUUCUUGCCGUAGCUGUAUUCACUUUCUAUUGCUUUGUUUUUUAAUCUAUCUUUCUCCCCAGUCCAGUUGCUCGUUUCAGGAUCUCGUCGCCACAUGUUUGCUGCAAGCUGUGUUAUUAUUGCCUCCUUGUAUGUGUCUAUAUUGCGGGUCCAAACACACACACACACACAUACACUACUUCCCGCCCCUUACACGAUCCUUAUCAUCCUUUCGUCCUUAUCAUCCCUUCAAACCUAAUUCCUUGAGCUGUUGUCUCGUUUUAUACCAUUGUUCUGGAAUGUGUUUAACAAAUGAUCUUUACAGAGCUGAAAAUCACCCGUGUAUUGUUUGACUUUGCACACCUUGGCGUACGUUUCUGUACCUUUGUUUUAGUUACAAUUGUCAACUUUUGUUGCAUUUAAUUUCAGCACGCUCUCUCUCUCUCUCUUGCUCUUUUGCUGCAUUUGCUUUCUCCUCUCCCUCGUGUAACGUUGAGCCACACUUUCCCCCCUUUUUGUGGAAGUAACGAUCAUUAUGAUCUCCGUUUUACCGUUCCGUGUAUACUAUUUCCUCUCCGCCUUUAGUUAGUGAUUUUUUUUUUAAUUGGAAAUGCCAAAACAAGCGUCCCGUUUAUAAUUUUCUAGCGUAGCGAAUUGAACACAAUUGAAGGUUUUUUGGAUUAAAUUUGAACUGUGCCGUAAGCUCCAUCUUUCCUGUUUGCGCUAGCCCGGUACAGUGUAGUCUGUUGUAUUAGAAAUGCAGAACAAGCAGUGUAUACAAUAACCAAACAAAAAAGUAUUAUAAUUUACAAAAAAAAAACAGAAACUCGACCGUGUAUGAGCUACUCUGUUGUCCCUUGCUUUGAUAAUGUGUUUUAUUCCCGUUUCAAAAUUUGCCGCUUUGUUUGUUACUGUGUACACAGUUUCGUAGAGUAUUAAAACAAGUAUGAAAAAAAUCUCUAUAAAUAAAGAAUCUGUAUGGUGCAUAUAGUAUUUUCAAUGGACACGCGUGUCAUAUGUAUCUUAUGUACUGUACCCUCCCCAUUGUUUGCUUACAACUUUGUGUACAUGUGACGAGUUUAGUCCUUGUGUAUUUUCCGUUUUGUUUUUUAAUUAUUAUUAUUGCAGGACUGUUUUUUCUUCAUCGAUCGAUUUUUCCGACGCACUUGAACACCGUUUUGUUUUUUCUGUUUGUUUUAUUUUCAUUAUUUUGGAAUAUUUUUGUGCAGCUUGGAAGCUUUUUAAACACAUUUCCUAAUAUUUUGUCUUCUUUUGCAACUUCAAAA